AUGGAACUUGUGAAACUCAUCCUCAUCUUAAGCACUUCCCUCCUCCUCUCCCACGCUGCAAAAAACCCCUGCCCACCUCAAUACUGCGGCACCAACCCUUUACCCAUCCGCUUCCCCUUCACGCUGCAUCAGCAUCCCGGAAACUGCACCGGCUACCCGGGCUUGACCUUCACAUGCUCCGUCGAUGAAGGAAGAGACGUCCCUCUCCUGCAGCUCCCGCAUUCCGGAAGCUUCUCCGUCCGCCACAUAAACUACCUCAUGCAAGAGAUCCACCUCUACGACCCGGCCGGCUGCCUCCCGCGCCGCCUCAUCUCCCUCAACCUCACCUCCUCCCCCUUCGCCGCCGCGCUCACGGAAGAGCUCACCUUCCUCAGCUGCCCCCGCCGCGUGGGACUCGCGGAGGUGGAGUGCCUCGGGAACGCCACGUCGGCGGUGCUGGCGGGCCCCGCAGGGAGGCUCUCCGGGGCGAUGGCCGUGUGCGGGACUAUGUUCACGGUGCCUAUCGCGGUGCCGUGGGAUGGCGGUGAUUGGGUGGCGGAGGAUCUUAGACUGACGUGGAGCUUACCUGAGUGCCAGGGGUGUGAGGUGGGUGGUGGGGUUUGUGGGCUUGGUCGGAGUCGGAGUGGUGUGGUCGGAGAGAUUACGUGCUUUUCUAAUCAUGGGACAGGACGAGGCCUAGAGGUUUUCAAAACCAUAGCACUAUCAAUAGUGAUACCAGCCAUCAUCUGCUCCAUAUGCAUUUCAUGCUUCGUAUGCAUAGUGGAAUGGAAGGCAGUUCGGAGUAGGGCAGCCGCUGUGGCGGCCCCGUCACUGCAGCCACCGGCUAUGGUGGGGCUCGAUGACUCGACCAUCGAGUCGUAUGAGAAAGUCGUACUGGGCGAAAGCAAACGCCUUCCCGGACCUAAUGGUGUCACAUGUCCUAUAUGCCUAGUUGAUUAUUGUCCAAAAGACAUACUUCGAUGCAUACCCGAAUGUCAACAUUGCUUUCAUUCCGAAUGCGUUGAUGAGUGGUUGAGAUUGAAUAGCUCGUGCCCUCUUUGUCGAAAUUCGCCUUCGAAUUCUUUAGAACAAGUAUGAGAUGUUUGUUUAGCGAUAUCCUAAUUGUAUAUGUUUUUUUAGGAGUGGGGGAUGUUCCUUCAGUAGUACUAUCCAAAU